AUUUCCGACGAAGCUCAUUAUUUGCCCAAGAAACUUCACAAUCAACGAUCCUACAAUUAAGCAGGCGAUUCAGACUCCUUAGUCCCAUUUCUCAAUGGCCACCUCAAUCCGAUCCAUCAAGGCCCUCGUCCCCCUCUUGGACCGGGUUCUUGUCCAGCGCAUCAAGGCCGAGGCCAAGACCGCCAGCGGCAUCUUCCUCCCGGAGUCGAGUGUGAAGGAGCUCAACGAGGCCAAGGUUCUUGCCGUUGGGCCCGGUGGCCUGGACAAGGAUGGCAAGCGGCUGCCGAUGGGCGUCCAGAACGGCGACCGGGUCCUGAUCCCGCAAUACGGUGGUUCCCCCGUCAAAGUUGGAGAGGACGAGUUCCACCUAUUCCGGGACAGCGAGUGAGUGCACAUCUUCACACCCACGACUCUCCCCAUCUGGCGUCUUUUUUUAACAUCUGUGUAGAAUUCUGGCGAAGAUCAACGAGUAG